AUGAUUUUAAGAUGCGACCGUGUUUUCAUUGCGACGACCAGUCCGAUUGUAGACACCAAAGUGUCCGGAUGAACAGAGUAACAGUGACGCAAAGUUGUAAAAAAAGUGAAAUGAAUUUUAUAUUAUCAAAAUUUAUGUGGCAGAAUGGAACGAGAAUUAAUCAAUAUUUAUUUGCGACGAUAAUCACAAUACCAUUGCUGAGCUUCGGUAUGGUACAGGGCUGGUUAUCUCCGAUGAUAUCCGUGCUGCAGUCUCCCGAGGGUCCGUCCCCGGAGCCAUUCACCAGCACUGAUAUAUCCUGGGUGACUUCAGUCACCUACAUUACCGCUAUCAUAUUCGGCGCGCCUAUGGGAUAUCUGACAGAUCGGUACGGUCGGAAAAUAAUGACACUCAUCACCACUUUGUCACUUAUUGCGUACUGGCAAAUAAAGCUACUAAGCCUGGAGCCCUGGGCAGUGAUACUGGCCCGUGGUAUAGCCGGCAUACCGUGCUCCGCCUGCUACAUUGUACUGCCAAUCUACUUGAAGGAAAUCAGCGAUAUAGACCUAAGAGGUGCUCUUGGUUCACUGCUCAUUUUAAACAGAAACAUUGGUUACUUGGCGAGCUACAUCGGCGCCGACUUACUGGAGCCGACUACAUUACUCUGGAUAGGUCUUCUAGUUCCUACUGUCAUGUUCUUCAUCUUCCUGCUCAUGCCGGAGACACCGGAAUUCCUCGUCAAACAGGGAAAAGUUGAUGAAGCCAAAACUGUGUUAGCUUGGCUUCGAGGUGUGUCCACGUUAGAUCGUAAAGUGGAGGAAGAAGUAGAGGGUAUAGUGAAAGCUGAAAAACGGACGCAAUCUGAUACUAAAUCUGUGUGGGGAAUUAUACUAAAGGACAAGCCAACAUUCAAAGCGUUCAUAAUAACAUUGGUGAUAAAGAUAACGCAGCAGUUUGACGGUUACCUGAUUGUGCUGAUUUACGCGGGAUUCGUGUUCGAGCGGGCGGCUGACUACAUUAGCCUAAAGCUGAGCCCCAACAAGCAGAUCAUAAUGAUAGGUGUUGUGCAACUACUGGGAUCAAUAGUGGCCACUUGUAUUGUGGAGAAGACUGGGAGGAAGUUACUCCUGAUCACAACAUCACUAGCUAUGGGUGUGGGUAUGCUGACUCUGUCCGCAUGGUUCUACGUCACCGCGGAGGGAAUCUGGCUGCCGGGCUGGCUGCCAGUGCUCGCUAUGUGCGUCUGUAUCUUCGCUGAUGCAGCCGGCUUCCAGCCGAUAUCUUACAUAAUUAUCACCGAUCUCUUUACAUUCCAGUUACGAGGAACGGUGUCGUCGUUCGCAAACAUAUGCGCUAAACUCAGCAACUUCGUACAAAUGAAAUGGUUCAAGAAUCUCAGCGAAUUGAUCGGCAUACAUUGGACACUUUUAUUUUUCGCUAUUGUCUGCUUCGCUGCUUCCUUUUACACUGUUAUAUUCUUCCCGGAAACGAGAAAUAAGACCGUUGAUGAAAUAUACGCGAAGUUAUCCAGAAGGAAAAAGAAGGAUAACGAAGAAGAUGUUUCAAAAUCAGGUCCUUAAUUCAUAUUUUAGUAGACAGUUAAUUGAGAUUAUGUCGAAUGAAAAGCAUUUGUUAUGAAACAAUUUAAAAUGCAUUUAAAAGGAUUAUGUACUUUUCGUACUAGGAGGCUUUUCAGUUUUGUAAUGUUUAUUUUAAAUAGUCAUAUUUCUUAAGGUUUGAAAAAUGUUUUAAUCGAUAUUUGUGUCAAAAUCAACGCGCGUUAUCGAUAAAUUAAGUAUAUCAACAGUGGAAAUUAAUUGUAAAGUAAUUAUUUUAACUUUAUUAACUGUAUAAUAAAUGAGAGUUCUCAAGUGUCAUAUUUAAAUAAAAAUUGUAGAUUUGUUUCUGAAUAUUAUUCCUUUAUAAAGAAAAUAAUUUAUAUUUCAUUUCAAUCCAAAACCGAAAUUAAUCAGAGGAACGUCAAAUACGUAAAUAGCGGCCAUUACGAUUUAUUUAUUGGAAAGAGAUAAACUGAAGUCAUAUCGUAAAAUAAAUCCUAAAGUUAUACGUAAGAAAGUACAACCCUUAUAGGAUCACUUUGUUGUCCGUCCGUCUGUCUGUCAAGACCCUUUCUUUAUUUUCAAGAUUUUGUGAUUAACAGUUUGUCUAUGGUGAAAACCAUUUCGAAUUUGGAAUGGAACGAAAUAUAUGAUUGUUAAUACCUUGUUUAUUAUCGACACAUAUUCGAGUAAUCUAGACAUGAAUAAACAACUUGAGUUUGCACUACUGAAGAAUUUAUACAAAAACAUUUUUAAACUAAACAGCUCACAUGCAAUUCGUCUGGUGUCGGCAUCGACUAAUUUAGAUCCUAUCGGGGACUUAUAUUCAAUAUGAAUGGAACUGGCAUGUUACCGCCCGUCUCUUAGUCCGAACUCCAAGAAUAAAGUUAACUAAACGGAGUUAAAAUAAAAAAAAAAACAUCCAACUGUAAGUUUCUGAGACCAAAAUCCGAAUUAAAAAUAUAUUGUUAGCUCUGUUGUCAAAGAUUAUAGAUUUUAUACAGAGAUUUUGACUUUAGAAACAGGUUACAGAUAUUGUGGAAGAAUUAAAAUAUUUUGGUAAUAAUGUUUCCGGCGAUGGAAACUCAUGUAAAACGGAACAAAACUUGUAACUUUCAAGUUGCUUAAUAACUUAGGCUAAGAAAUAAAGAUAGAUUUAAAUACAAAUACAAGGAUUAUAUGAAUGUAUGAA